GCCUACGUUUGUAGCAUGAUGUUCUGAGGACAUAGCUGCACCAUCUCAGACUUUCCGCCUUCGAAACCUUUUCUUUCGACUUCGACUCGCUGGGCUUCAAAGCGAGAAGACGGGUAGGCUUGUAUGAUGGGCAAACCAUGGGACAAGUAUCAGGGCGAGAUCACCAAGCUCUACAAAGAUGACAGAAAGACGCUUGACGAGGUGAUGAUAAUCAUGGAGACGAAGUGGCAAUUCAAAGCAUCGAAACGAGCUUACCGAGGAAGAUUCAAAAGAUGGGGUAUCGGGAAAUAUACUCUCACCAAGAACAAGAACCAAAAGGCUAGCGCCGAGAAGCUUGAAAGCUACCAGCCGGAGAGCCCGCCAAACCCUCCCUUUCGCUUCAUGGCUGGACAGAGCAUAACACCAACUAGAAGUUUGAGCAACAACAGUGGGGUUGAACGCUCACGCAACUUCUGGGAGGACGCCGAGCUAUCCAGGCAAGAGAUUGACGAGCUGAACUGCAACAGAAACACACCAUUGGAGUCUUUUACCAGAGAAACGCAGGUCGAAACCGUCUGUUCAGUGAGACAUGAAACGCUCCCGCCGUUGUCUUACACGUUCCCCCCAUCUCCGGCAUCUUCUGCAUCGAGUUUCCCAGAACAGGUCGGUGUUGAACGAGAUUUGACUGAAGAAGUGCCUCAUAAUUGUUUAAAUCGCUCGACCUUGACGGAUAUCUCCAUGGACGGCAUGCCGCUCGCACACAUUCAAAGGAUGAGACAGCAGAGCAGGCGUGGACCAAGCCAAACAUACCGGGCAACAAUGAAUCCAGGAACACCAGCUUAUUAUUCUCCGCUGGAGGACCGUAAUGUCGAUACUCAAUAUUCCCCAGAGUACCAAUACACUUCUGGGCAAGGGCCUCAUGGCCAAUACUCCGGUCGCAUCCCGGCCGACUUCAACUCAAUGGAGCCAUCCGUGGCUUACCUUAGCGGGGCUUCUUGUGCUAUACAACAAAACAACAACGCAAACCAGACAGGAUGGUUCUAG